CAGCUUUCUUUCUCGAUGACACAGAUCUUUAAUAAUGAAAAACUGACAACUUCAAGGGUCAGUAUACAGGACCGGCAGUUUCCGCCUCGGUGCCUCAGUAUCACCAUGGCGAGAAGGGAGGAAGCUGCGUCGCUCUUCAUCCUCUUGGUUUCGGCUCUGAGGCUCGUCAGCUCUCAAGCCGGAGAAAACGACCCGUGCAAGAUGGAGUCGGGCGCCCCAGGAACCUGCCGGGCCAUCGAGGCUUGUCCUUCUGUGCUGGAGAACUUCCGACAGAACCGCCCCGUUCACUGUGGCUUCAGGGGACGGACGCCGAUUGUCUGUUGUCCAGAAGAUUCGGCCGAGGCAGUGUUAGGACCUAUACUGGACGUGUCUCCUCCAAAAGUCAACUUUGAAUGUGGCGUCCGAGCCGUGAAAACCGUGUUCACCCCCCUGCCGGAGUUGUCCACCACCAGGCGCCGAAAGAGAACGAUCGUCGGCGGCGUAAUCUCCGACAGGAAUACAUGGCCGUGGAUGGCGUUGCUUGGCGAAGUGCAGCGUGACCUUACCUUCGACUGGCUGUGUGCAGGAUCCCUCAUUAACGACCAGUGGGUCCUCACCGCCGCUCACUGCUUCGAUAGAAAUAAUCCAAACGUGGUCCGACUUGGAGAACACGACUACUCAAGCACAGACGACAAUGCAGAACACGAGGACUUCACCGUUAUAGAGAAGGUUAUUUAUCCAAACUACACCUUCCCUGAAGCUCACCACGAUCUUGCUCUUCUCAAGCUGGAUAAGAAAGUCGCCUUCCAGAAAUACAUCCUCCCUGUUUGCUUGCCAUGGGGUCUCGAAAGCAGCGUGGAUUUGACCGGACGCAACGUGACGGCAACAGGCUGGGGUGCAACUGCUCAUGGUAGCGUUGGGAGCACAGUUCUUCGUGAGGUGCAGGUGACAGUCUUCCCUUCGUCCACGUGUGCCAAUCGCUACAAGGAACUGGUCAAUUACAAUAGAAUUUGGCCGCAGGGGAUCGGGGAAGAGACCCUGUGUGCAGGGGAAGUUGACGGCGGGAAGGACGCCUGUCAAGGUGAUUCCGGCGGCCCGGCUGUCUACGCGAAUAACCUCAAUAUUUACACUAUCGCCGGCGUUAUCUCCAAUGGUUACGGCUGCGGAAACGCGGAUUUCCCCGGCCUCUACGCCAGCACUCACCAUGCAGAAUACCUCGCGUGGAUCAGGAAAAUUGCUUUCUGAGAUGAAGCGAUCCCAUUCCAAUGCGUAGGUCUGUUUACAUAAACACACAUACGUAUACACAAACACAUACACACACACACACACACACACACACACACACACACACACACACACACACACACACACACACACACACACACACACACA